AGGGGACCCGAACCGCAAUCGGAAUUCGAAACGCGAAACACCCCCGCUGGAUCGAACUGUGGCUUUCGCAUCGGUAAAAUCAGUAACAGAUUUUCGAGAUUAUUCGUAACAAUAGCAAUCACAAUAUUAAUCUAAGUAGACAAAUGUCACGUUGAAAAAAACGUUACCCUUGUCAAAAUUCGUUGUAAAUUCGAAACGUUUUAAACUCACGAGACGUUUUGUUUUUUUUUUAAUAAGAAAUUUCUCAUUCGAUUGGUAAUCGUAGAAGGAAACGUUUUGGAACGUAUUCGAUUAUAAUAUUUGAGCGAGAUAAAACAUGUCGGGUUGCUAGAUGAUGUUUUAAAUGGGCAAUUCUAAGAGAAUGCCCAUUAUAGUAAUCAAGUUAUGCAUUUUUUGAGGUGGUUCAUCGAAUCAAACGUAUUUGAGAGGUUUUGUAAUAGAGCCGAUAGUUUAGCGAAGAAGACGACGAAUUUUGCACGGAAGAAACACCCGUUGUCGUAACAAUAAUGACCGAUACGUUCUCAAUGACCAGUUCGCCGGCCUUAAUGGUCGGGCCGAAUUUUCGCGUCGGUAAAAAAAUCGGGAGCGGAAAUUUCGGGGAAAUUCGCCUCGGAAAGAAUCUUUACAACAACGAACACGUUGCGAUCAAAUUAGAACCGAUGAAAACUAAAGCGCCGCAACUCAAUCUCGAAUAUCGAUUUUAUAAAAUUAUGGGACCCCACGAAGGAAUACCGAAAGUGUAUCACAUAGGAAUUUGCGGCGGUCGAUACAACGCUUUAGUGUUAGAACUUUUAGGACCAAGUUUGGAGGAUCUCUUCAAUUUAUGCAACCGCCAUUUCCGUUUGAAAACGGUGUUAAUGUUGGCGGAUCAAGUUUUGGAACGGAUUGAAUUCGUCCAUAGCAAACGCCUCAUUUACCGCGACAUCAAACCCGAAAAUUUCCUCAUCGGCCGAUCGAAAUCGAACAAAGAAAAAAUCGUCCAUCUAAUCGAUUUUGGGUUAGCCAAAGAAUACAUUGACGAAGAAACUAAUAAGCACAUCCCCUACAGGGAGCAUAAAUCUUUAACGGGAACUGCUCGAUAUAUGAGUAUUAACACGCAUUUGGGGAGGGAGCAAUCGAGGAGGGAUGAUUUAGAGGCGAUUGGGCAUAUGUUUAUUUAUUUUUUGAGGGGGUCUUUACCGUGGCAAGGGUUGAAAGCGGAUACUUUAAAGGAGCGGUAUCAAAGAAUUGGGGAUACGAAGAGGGCUACUCCCAUUGAAUCGUUAUGUGACGGCCACCCAGAAGAAAUGGCAACUUAUUUAAGAUAUGUUAGGAAGUUGGAGUUUUUUGAAACCCCCGAUUACCAAUAUUUGAGGCAUAUGUUUAAAGAUUUAUUUAAUAAGAGGGGAUUCGUUGAUGAUGGAGUCUUCGAUUGGACAGGUGUUAGCGGAUCAAAAGCGUCUUUGUCGAAUAAGUGAAAGUUUGAUACGGACAUUAAGUUUUUUUUUGUUCUAAUUUAGGUAAGAUAUUUAUCAAACACCCCUAACAUAAAAAAAAUAAAUUAAAAAAGUAAACGAAAGGGGACAACAAUAACAUUGUAUAAAAUGAUUUAUUUUUCAAUAAAUCCUUUUUAAAACUUGA